UGCAAAUACUAAAUGAAGAACUCUCCACUAAAUGUAGAUUAGACUAGUAACAUAUAACGACCUUCAGAAUCCUACCUUUAUUCAGAUUCAAAAAAUCUGAAUCGCGGACAUAAACCAGAUCCCCCACCUACCAAAACUAAUGGGAACCAUAUAACAUAAUGAAACAUCCAAUGUCCACUAACAGAAAGCAAAUGAAAACAUUUUCAUUUCGAAAAUGAUACUCAACAACCACACUAACCAUUAUAUAAAACCAACUGCAAGAUCUUUUGAUCCUCAAAUCUUUGUGACUUAUAGUCUUUUAUUAUCUCCCCCAUUUCCUUCUUUUGAUCAAUGGAAAACUUUUCCUUCUUCAGCAAAGCCUUCACUUGCAUUUCAUUUCUUCUCCUUCCGUUUCUAAUUUCUGUGCUAUGCCAGAAUAGUUCUGAAAGUCCAGUAGGUGGCCCACCUCCACUGGCAGUCAAUACGCGAAAGUUAAUCUUUAAAGACAAGAGACUUGCUGUUGUGUACCCCGUCAUCCAAGCAUUCAAGAAAACGAUCACGGCAGAUCCACUAAACAGAACCGGGAAUUGGGUUGGUUCUGAUAUAUGCAACUACACAGGCUUGUACUGUGAUAAUCCACCCGAUAAUGUAUCAGCCCUUGCCCUGGCUGGCAUUGACUUCAAUGGGUUUCUCCUAGCAGCUCCGACUGUCCAAGGUUUUAUAGAUCAGCUGCCUGACCUUGCAAUCUUUCAUGCAAAUUCAAACAAGUUCUCUGGGUCCGUACCAGAUAUCUCAAAACUCCCCUAUUUUUAUGAGUUGGACAUAAGUAACAAUGUCUUCUCUGGCACAUUUCCUACAACAGUUAUUGGUUUAAAAGAACUCUCAUUUCUUGAUAUCCGUUUUAAUUCAUUCACUGGAUCAGUCCCUCCACAAAUUUUCAAUCAAGCACUUGAGGCACUCUUCAUUAACAACAAUGAUUUCACAGCACAACUCCCAGAAAACUUUGGUUCCACACCGGUACUUUAUCUUACCUUGGCUAACAACAAAUUAACCGGUCCAAUCCCAAGAAGCAUUGGCAACCUGAACUCAACAUUGAUCGAGGUUUUACUGUUGAACAACAAGUUAUCAGGUUGUCUUCCCUACGAACUAGGAUUUCUGAAAGAGCUCAAGGUUUUUGAUGUUGAAAACAACCUAUUAACGGGUCCAUUGCCCUGCUCCUUGGCCUGUUUGGAGAAAAUCGAGCUACUCAACUUUGCUAAUAACCUACUCUAUUGGGAGAUACCCGAGGAGCUGUGCGCACUAGGAAACUUGGUGAACUUAUCAUUGUCAGAUAACUAUUUCACCAAAGUAGGUCCAGUGUGCAGAAAGCUGAUCAAGAAUGGGGUUCUUGACGUGAGACGGAACUGCAUCCACGGUCUUCCUGAUCAAAAAUCGUUGCAUGAGUGUGCGGAAUUCUACUUCAAGUACAUUAGGUUUUGCCCGUAUCCUGCAACAUAUAAAACCAUCCCUUGUAGGCCUAAUGCUCCAUGGCACCAUCAUUGGGCAAGGUCCAAGAAAGCUCCAGUUACUUACAAAACUCUUUCAAGACACAAAUUUUAAGCUUUUUUUUACCUUUGCAUUACCAAAUAUCCAGCGUAUCCAUUAUAUAUGCAGUUAUUGGAAAGCUGAAUAAAACGGCAGUUCGACU